GGGAAGCCUUUCCUUUUUUUUUUUUUUUUUUUUUUUUUUUUAACGGCUUACUGAACCUAUGAAACCAUGGCGGAAGGAGAGACAGAGUCACCUGGGCCCAAAAAAUGUGGCCCAUAUAUCUCAUCUGUCACUAGCCAGAGUGUGAACUUGAUGAUUCGAGGAGUAGUGCUAUUUUUUAUUGGAGUAUUUCUUGCAUUAGUGUUAAACUUACUUCAGAUUCAGAGAAAUGUGACGCUCUUUCCACCUGAUGUGAUUGCAAGCAUCUUUUCUUCUGCAUGGUGGGUACCCCCAUGGUGUGGCACGGCUUCAGCUGUGAUUGGGUUAUUAUACCCCUGCAUUGACAGACAUCUAGGAGAACCACAUAAAUUUAAAAGAGAGUGGUCCAGUGUAAUGCGGUGUGUAGCAGUCUUUGUUGGUAUAAAUCAUGCCAGUGCUAAAGUGGAUUUUGAUAACAACAUACACUUGUCUCUCACACUGGCUGCACUAUCCAUUGGACUGUGGUGGACUUUUGAUAGAUCUAGAAGUGGUUUUGGCCUUGGAGUAGGAAUCGCCUUCUUGGCAACCCUGGUCACUCAAUUGCUAGUAUAUAAUGGUGUUUAUCAAUAUACAUCUCCAGAUUUCCUCUAUGUUCGUUCUUGGUUACCAUGUAUAUUUUUUGCUGGAGGCAUAACAAUGGGAAACAUUGGUCGACAACUGGCAAUGUAUGAAUGUAAAGUUAUCGCAGAAAAAUCUCAUCAGGAAUGAAGAAGGCAAAAAAUAUCUUUUGUACAAAAAAACAAGAUGAAAAGGAUGUGAAGUGGUAGAUAUACCAACAAAACUUCAGAUUGUAAAAUUGCCAGGAUGCAGUUUUUCCCUUGAUUGGCGUGUGUGUAUAUAUGGAUAAAUAUACACAUGUACACACACGUAUUACUGCAAUCUGUGAUUGCUUCAUCUGUAAAUCAGUUGCAAAUAUUUAUGUAUUUGACUUAAAUAACUGUAAGAUAUAUAUGUACUACAUUAAAAAGUGUUGAUUAAUAGAUGAAA